ACUAAAUUUUCACGCUUUUGUGUUUUUUCUACGAAACUUGAAGGAAGAAAGAAACGGCCUGCGUAAAAUGUGAAAUUUUAACAGAUUUAUUAAACAAAUAUCUACAAAAAUUAAUAAAUUAAAGAAAAUCUUAGAAAUAAAUAUAUUUCUAAUUAAUUAACAUAAAAAUCAAAAGAAAUUUCAUAAGAAUUAAAACACAUUACGUGAUGUGAAAAAAAUAUGGUGCAACAUAACAUCUAUACAGUGAAGUGAGAAAAAGAAAAAAACCAAACAUAAAAAAAUUGUGAUGAAAGAAAAAAAAAAACGAGACACAACGGGUGGUGACUACAGUAAAAUUGUAUAAAUAAUUAGAAAAAAUAAAUUGAAAAGUAGUAAAUUAUAAAAGUUGGUUAAGACAAGGUGUACCUACACAAAACAAAACACUUCUAUUGUAUGUACCAUAUAAUAAUAAUACUACAGUGAAGAGAAAUGAUGAAUACAUAUAGUUAGUAUAUGUAUGUACAACAAAAACAAAAUAAAUAAAAAACAACUACUGCUAUAUAUACAUACAUACAUAUGUAUGCUCUAUAAAAGAUGAUACAAAAUUUAAAAAAAUAAAAAAAGAAAACAAAACAAUAACAACAUAAAUAACAAAAAUAAUAACAACAGCAGCAGCUGAAACAAGUGCAAGACAAUUUAUACAUCACAACAAAAACAUCAUUCCUUUAAAGCAAAUUAAAAAGAACAAAAGAAGAAAAUAAUUGUCGUAUCACAGAUUGUUUUGGGUCUCACUCACACAAACUAUAAAACAACGUAAACGAUCAAGAAAAUAAAUAAAUAAAAAUAUAAACAACCAUACUGCUGGCUGAAUUGUGUCAAUCUUCUAAAAGAAUUUAUGUGUAGGAGUAACGUCAACAACUAGCCAAGCAUACCCCACAUAAAUAGUUGAUGAUUCCUAUAUAGAAACUAAAGCAACCAAAACUAUAUAUUAAAAGCCAGACAGACAGAUAGCAGGCGUGUAGACAUACAGACAGACAGCUGUAAAAGAGGAUCAAAUCUUGGAAGAUAUUUAAAUAAAAAGAGACACACACUCACGCUCUUUUUAUUUUCUCUUACUCUUGUAAUUGAAAUUUAUUUUCUUUUUGUUUUUAAUUUGUUGGGGUAGCGACAACAGCAACAAAUAGAAUAAUGGGUGGCAAUAGUACGGCUGCUUUUAGCAUUGGCGGUUACAUUGGUGGCACUGGUGGCAGUAGUUUAGGUGGCAGUUCUGGUGGAGCGGUAGGUGGCGCCGUUGCAUCUGAUUUAAUUCCAAGUACCAGUAUGUUAAACUCAACCUCUUCCGGUAUACCCUAUUCGUGUGGUACCAGUUGGGAAGAGUUUUCCGAUCGUCAUGCUCGUGUUGCCGCUGCUGAUUUUGCCAAAGCUUGCAUCAAUUACAUAAAUGGGAGUUUAACGCCCGAAGAGGCACGUAAUCUAUCACAUCGUAAUUUUGGUCAAAAGUUUUUGGAAUCAUUCGCUGAACACUUUGAAAAGGAAUUCUUUCGUAGGCGUAAUAAUUUAAAAGUCGGCAAUGGCGCGCUUGAAGAGAGUGACUACUCUGAAGAAUCCCCAAAAAUCUUCCAUAAAGCAUUCUUUCGUCGACUAUCCUUUAAGGGAUUACGCAAAGGAAAGACACUAUUUCACAAAAGUUCCGACGAAGAGGGAAACAGUAAGAGUAAUAAGAAAUUUGCUAAAAUUGUAGUAGAAUGUCGCAAAGAUGGUAUAGUCAAUAACUUGACACCAGAAAGUUUGGAUCAACCAACGGGCACACAAAAAUGGGAGAAAUGUCGUUUGGCAUUGGUGAAGGCAGUGGGAGGGUAUAUGUUGGAAUUCUAUAUGCCACCCAAAGCAGCUAAGCCACGUUGUGGAGUUUUUUGUUUCCUAAUUUCAGAGGCCCGCGAAACGACCGCCUUGGAAAUGCCCGAUCGGGAGAAUACGUUUGUUUUAAAGGCCGACAAUAAUAUGGAAUAUGUUAUAGAGGCUCAAGAUGCCGAUGAUAUGCGCAGCUGGUUGGCAACUAUACGCUAUUGUAUGCGUACACCACCCACCCAACAGCCCACUACGGAUACCGAAGUAAUGGCUGCCGCCAUGCAAACCUCUCCUGUUAUAAUGAAUUCAAAUACCAACAGCAUGUUAAAUGCUGUACAAAAUCCCCAGUAUCAUCAACAAAAUGCCAUGGGCUCAAAUGGUAAUGUGGCACCCAGUAGCUCUCUAUCCGAAAAUGCUCUCUCCACACUGCAAGCUGGAGCAGCCGAUAGUGCUGUUCCAGAUACACAAUGCACGACAGCAGGACCUGAUGUACCACCAAGGCGCGGUGAACAACGUUUAUCUUCCUCUAGUAAUAUAGAACCCUGUGAUGGUAUUGAUCCCGAUUCUGAUUUAAAUGUCAUAGACAUAACGAAUGAAAUGCGACAGUAUCCCUGGUUCCAUGGCACAUUACCGCGUUCAGAUGCUGCUCGUAUGGUUUUACAGAAUGAGGCACAAGGUCAUGGUUUCUUCCUAGUACGUCAGAGUGAGACCCGCAAGGGUGAAUUUGUACUCACCUUUAAUUUCAAUGGGCGUGCCAAACAUUUGCGCAUGACACUAUCCGAUAAGGGGCAGUGUCGAGUGCAGCACUUGUGGUUCCCUUCCAUACAGGAAAUGUUGGAACAUUUCCGCCACAAUCCUAUUCCUCUCGAAUCGGGCGGCACAUCCGAUGUUACUCUCACCGAGUACAUACACAAUCAAGGAGUUCCUUACAAUAAUAAUCAAAUCAAUGAAACGACGAAUGGUUUAACGUCGGCUCUAGAUAAUAAUGGUACAUCAGCAACAGGAGGCGGCGGAACGGGAGUGGGAGCCUCCACUGCCAGUGUUAAUGGUACAUCACAGCAGCAACAAGAUCCAUCACCGAGACAUUCACAGGAUGUGAUAUCGAUGAAUUGUAGUGUACGUUUAAAAACAAAUGAAAUGGAUUUAGCAUUAUUAUUGGCAGCCGGUGUUGCAACACGUCAUAAUAAUCACCAGCAACAACAUCAGCAGCAGACGCAGCAACAAAGCCAAUCACAACAGCAUCUACAAGUAACUAAUACAACGACAAUAACAGCUGGAACAACAACUCAUACAACAAGCAACAACCAAAAUCAUCUUAAUCACACAACCAACAACACUCUUCAGACACAAAAUUUAAAUUCAUUCGAUCAUCAUCAAACGUUUGAACAACGUACUACUCCCGUACCGAAUGCUUUGGAAAUGAUUAGAGCCUCAUCGCCCAUAACAUCCGUAAAUGAUUCGACACAAUAUCUAAGAGCUUCAAGUGUUUCGCUACAAUCACAAGCUGCAGCCACAGGUGGCGGUGGCAGCGGUAGCGGUUCAACUAGUCGUCAUCAGCAGCAACAUAUACAAUUUACAGAUUCAUCUGGAGCCACACAAAAUACUACACCCCGUGCUGUUGAUAACCAAUAUAGUUUUGUUUAGAUUUUCUAAAGCUAAGCGCACCGUUAGGCAGCAGCUGUUUUUGGAAAUUUGAAGAUUGUGUAAGGAAUCUUUUUAAUUAUAUUACAAUGAUUUUUAAAAACUUUUUUCCAGCAGUUGAUUUCUUUAUUUAAGAAAUCUCUUAACUGGGUUUAUAUUUUGUAUUCAUAGUUUAAUUUUAAACAAGAAUUUUAUUUUCAAAAAAUUCUUAAAUUUUUAAAAUCUUUUUAUUUGAUUUUAUUUUUAAAUUGCUUAAAAAAAAUAUUGUAUAAAUUUUUGUUUGAGACUGUUUAUUUUAUAAGAAAAUCCUUUUUUUGUUUUAUUUUCUUUCGGAAUUAAGUUAAACUUAUUUCUUCCUAUUGUUAUUUAGAAUUUAGCAAAAUGAACUUGAGCUUAAUGUAAUAAACGAAGAAAAAACGGAACACAUUUUUUUAAAAGAUUGGAAAUUUAAUAUUUAAAUUAGAUUGGUUUUUAUUAUUUGGUCAUUUGGCAUUUUUUUUUACAAAGAAAAGUUUAAUGAACUAUUCUUAAUAAUUAAGGAAUUCUUAUCAAAACAAUUAAUAUUUGAUUCUCUUUCCAAAUAUCUAAUGAAAAAUAUUUUCCCAAACGCUUAUAGUUCAGUUCUAG